AUGGUAGUUUUUGAUAAAUUCCCAUCGGCAAUUAUGCAGAACGACGUUGGUGAUGUUGUCGAGUUGUACGUUCCCCGUAAAUGUUCGUCUUCGUCGCGCAUAAUCGCAGCAACCGAUCAUGCAGCAGUUCAGAUCGAUUUUGCUGAUGUCGAUCCGAACACAGGACGUAUGGUUCCGGGCAAAGUGACGCGUUAUGCGAUUUGUGGUGAAAUUAGACGUAUGGGCGAAUCAGAUGAUUGCAUCCUUCGUUUAGCUCAACGCGAUGGUAUUGUGCCGAGUAACGCUUGA